GAGCACCACGAGAGGACCGGCAUGCUUCUUGAAGGACUCCUUCUCGAGCCGUUUGAGAGCAUGCCUUAAAGAUCGGCCAGGCGCCAAAACUGAGAUAGAGGAACCGAGGCUCCAAUGCAGCUGUACUGAUAAGGAGCACUGGUUCGAUACCGGUGGUUGAGAUUUUAGGGAGCGCUCCCGCGCGAGUUGAGGGAGACCUCGCUGACAGGGAGCCAUGGAGGGAGAUGCUGGUGCGCCAGACCUCAAGCCCAAGGCAACAAAGCCUCGUGCAAACAAGACGCCUCUCCAGAAGGAGGUGCUGGAGGCUUCGUACCAGCUCAAUCAGCAUCCUUCCAUCGACCACCGGAAGGCGCUCGGCGACCGCAUCGGGCUGACGGAGCAGGAGGUGCAGGCAUGGUUUACCAACCGCCGGCGCAAAGACAAACUAGCUGAGGCCAAGAAGGCGACCGCCACGCCGCCGCCGGCGGGGACGCCAAGCGCUGAUGCCUCCGCCGGCGCCUCCCCCGGGGGCCCAGUGGCAGGCGCGCCGGCGGGCACCAUCCCGCACGCAGCAGCCGGUGCUGCGCCGUCGCCUGGUGCCGUGGCGGCGGCGUCGCCCAAGCCCAAGGUGCCGCGGGCGCCCAAGGCGCCCAAGCUCUCUCCAGCGGGCGCCUCCCCGGUCGUGCCAGGCCAGUCGCCGCCUGGUGCUGCAGCCAUGGGCGUGGCCGGGCCGAUUCCACGCGCCCCCGGCCAGCUGCCGCCUGGCGUGGCGCCGGCCGCCGCGCCAAUGGGCGGCCCGGCGGGGUUGGCACGCCACGUACCCGCUGCGGCGCCACCCUCCGCCGCGGCAGCCGCCGCACCUGCUGCCGCCGCUGCCGAGGAGGAGGAGACGGACGACGGCGAGGACGAGGCCGGGCCUGCGGCGGCCGCGUGGGAGAACAUCCGUCAGCUGUGUGUGGCGGCGCGCGCCACGCUGCCAGUGCCGUAUCGCGAGGACGGCCCGGAGCUGGGCUUCCUGUUUGACGAGCCGCCCAUGCCCGGGGAGUCGGCUGGCGGCGGCGGCAAGCGGCGGCGCGUGGCGGGGCCGGAGGGCGACGCCGGCGCUGGCGGCAGCUUAGGCGGGCCGGAGGGCGUGGGCAGCGUGUUGCUGCGGCGGCCGGGCGGCAACAAGCCCAUCGUGGGGCAAGAGGCGGGCCCGGUGGGCGUGAUGACGGUGGCGGAGCUGGAGAUGCGGCGGCAGCAGCUGCUGAUGCAGCAACAGCAGCAGCAGGCGGUGCUGGAUGCGGCGCGGGCGCAGGCGGAGGCCAACGGCGGCGGCGCGCCCACCGGCGCCACCGCCAAGGCCAUCAACGCCAUGCAAAAGGAGCAGGAGCGGCUGCGCAAGGAGCUGCUGAAGCAGCAGGAGCGCAUGGAGCGCGAGCGCAAGCGCGAGGCGGACGAGCGGCACCGCGAGCUCGAGCGCCACCAGAAAGAGCAGCGCAAGCUCAACGACAAGAUGGAGAAGGAGCGGGCCAAGGAGGAGGCCCGCAAACUGAAGGAGAUGGAGAAGAUGAAGAUCGCCGAGGAACGCGAGCUGAAGCGGCUGGAGGCGGCGCGCGAGAAGGAGCGCAAGGCGGAGGAGCGGCGCAAGGCGGUGGAGGAGCGGAAAAAGGAGAAGGACACGCGGCGCGCGCUCAUCCAGCAGGAGCGGUUGGUGCUGCGGCAGCGCCACCGCGAGGGCGCCGCCGUGCCGCCCGACGACGAGGAGCUCGAGUACCGGGCGCUGCUGGAGGCCGCCGGCAUCGACCCCGCCACCAUCGCGUUGGACCCAGAGGAGGACGCCGCGCAGGCGGCGGCGCAGGCGGCCGCCGACCAGGCCCUGGCGGACGCCGGUGUGCCCGUGCCCGCCGCCACGCCGCCGCCGCGCAAGCGCCCGCGGCCCGACCUGCCGCGCCCGCCCUUUCCGCCGCCGUCGCUGGAGCUGCACCCCGCCUGGCCGGCGCCGGAGCGGCAGCCGCCGGCGGCGUCAACCGCCGCCGCCGGCGCCGCCGCCGCCGCUGAGAACGGCGGCGACGCCGAGAUGGCCGACGCGGAAGCGCAGCCGCAGCCGCCGGAGGCAACGCCCGCCCCCGAGGGGGCGCAGCCCCAGCUCCAGUCUGACGCCCAGCCGGAGGCGGAAGCGGAGGAGGAGCUGAGCGACUCGCUGGAUCCGGAUCUGGGCACGGAGCUGCUGGUGUGCUGGUCCUUCCUGCAGUCCUUCGCCGACCUGUUUGGAGUGGCGGUGCCCUCCCUGGAGCAGCUGCUGGGCGGCCUGGCGGCGGGCGAGGACAGCCGCCUGCUGGGCGACGUGCACUGCGCGCUGCUGCGGCUGCUGCAGGCGGACAUGGAGGACGCGCACGACGAGAAGGAGCGCGUGGGGCGCCCCACCGCCAACGUGCCGCACUUCAUGGACAAGAGCGUGGCGGGCAGCGCGCAGCGCCUGGAGGAGGCGUGGGCGUGGGGCUUCGACGUGGACGCCUGGCGCGCGCACCUCAACACGCGCACCUGGCCCGAGGUGCUGCGGCAGGUGGCCAUCGUGUGGGGCCGCGGCCGCGCGCGCCCGGCGGUGCGGCGGCCGGCGCAGGACCUGGGCAAGGGGCCGCGCAUUCAGGGUAUGGACGGCGAGGACGUGCUGGACGACGGCGCCACCGGAGGCAGCCUGAAGCUGCGCAUGCCGCAGCGCUACACGCACGGCACAGUCAAGGCGGCGGCGUGGCAGGUGCUGGCCAACGUGGGCCCCAACGGCCUGUCGGUGGGCGACCUGGUGCGCCGCAUCCAGAAGCAGGGCCUGCGCGAGAUGCGCUCCAGCAAGACGCCCGAGGCCGUGGUGGCGGGCAGCCUGGCCCGCGACGUGCUGUUCACCAAGGUGGCGCCGGCGACCUGGGCCCUCACGGCCGUGGUGGACUACCACAAGCGCAAGAACGAGGCGCGCGAGCGGCGCGAGGCGGCGGGGAAGAAGAAGGGCAAGGCCGGCGAGGGCGAGGGCGCGGGUGCAGGAAAGGCGUCGGAUGGCGGGGCCGCGCCGGGCGGAGAUGGCGGCGACGCGGAGAUGGCGGACGCCACGGCGGGGGCGGAGGAGGGGCAGGUGAAGGAGGAGGCGGGCGUGAAGAAGGAGGGCGGCGCCGGGCGCAAGGUGAAGAAGGAGCCGGGGGCCGCGGCGGCGCCGGGCGUGAAGGAGGAGCCCAAGGAGGAUGCGACCGGCGCCGCUUCGCCGGCACCCAUGGACACGGACGCGCCGGGCGACGGCGUGAAGCAGGAGCCCAAGGACGGUGGCGAGGCCGGGCCCAGCUCCGGCGGCGCCGAGGUCAAGACCGAGGAGGGCAAGGACGGCGCCGGCAACGAGGAGGAGGAGUACUCGGGAGAGGAAGAGGAGCAGCAGCAGGAGGAGGAGGAGCAGCAGGCGGAGGAGGAGACCGCCUCGCGCGGCGCGCGCGACGCCUGGGUGGCGGCGCUCUUGGAGGGCGGCUACGGCUCUCUGCGGCUGCGGCAGCGCAUCGAGGCGCUGUCGUUCCUGUGCCACGCCGUGCUGGACGGCCCCACGGUGCGCGCCAAGCUGGAGCUGCGCACGGAGGAGGCCAUGGCGCGCAAGAAGGCGGUGUUUGAGGAGGCCAAGAACGACAAGCGCAAGCGGCAGGAGGAGGCGGCCCUGCGCGCCGCCGCCGCGGCCGAGGAGGCCCGCAAAAAGGCGGAGGCGGCAGCCGCCGCGGCCGCGGCAGGCGGCGGUGCCGCGCCAGGCGGUGACGGCGCCACCCCGGUGCCCGGGUCUCGAGGGGCCACGCCUGCGCCCGGGGCGCCUGUGGAUCCAAAGGCCAUUGCAGCUGAGCUCUUCGGCGCCGGCGCGGCGGGUGCAGGGGCCGGGGCGGCGGCCGCGGUGGUCCCGACGGACCCGGCCAAAGCGGCGGAGGAGGCGAAGCGGCGGGCGGAAGAGGAGGAGGAGGACAAGAUCAAGCGACAGCAGCGGGCGGAGGAGGUCCGACGGAUUGACGAGGAGUGCGCCAUCCGCGCCGAGCCGCUUGGCUCCGACCGCCGCCACAACCGCUACUGGCUCUUCACCAGCGGCAGCCCUGACGACGCCGGCACCGCGCGGCUGUGGGUGGAGCUGGCGCCGGAGGGCCGCUGGCGGUUGCUGACCAGCCCUGAGGCCUUUGACCAGCUGGUGGCGGCGCUGGAGCCGCGCGGGCUGCGCGAGGGCGCGCUGGCGCAGGCGCUGGCGCGCGUGGCGGACACGGUCAAGGCAGCCAUGCCCGGAAUUGCACCGGUGGCCGACCCCACGCCCUAUGACGCGCUGCCCGACUCGGCGCGCGCCGCGCUGGAGGCCACAGCGGUGCAGCGCGGCGCCGUGGCGCGGCUGGCGGCGGCUGCGGUGCUGGCAGCCGAUGACGACGACUACACGGAGGGGCUGGAUUUCCUGGAGGCGGACAGCGGCCCCGUGUCGGCGCUGAAGCGCGACCUGCUGCGCCUGGAGGCGGCGGUGCCGGCGGACGCCAUGGCCGAGUCCUUCCACAGCCUGUCCUGGAAGGAGCGGGUGAUGAACGCGCCCGGCCUGCCCGAGCUACGUGCCUGCCUGGGGCAGCUGGAGGCGGCGCUGCUGGCCUCGCCCGACGGCACCACGCCCGGCCUGCUGGCCACCGUGUUCCACCGCAACCCGCCGCUGGUGCGCGGCGCCUGGGUGGAGGUGGGCCGAGAGGUGGCCACCGCGCUGCCGGGGCACGCCAGCAAGGAGAUCCUGCCGCCGGUGGAGCGGCCGGACGGUGGCCCGCCGCCUGAGCCCAACGACGAGCCGCUGGCCUGGCUACCCGCCACGCUGCCGGCGCUGGCGCUUCGGCUGCUGGCGCUCGACGCGCAUAUCGUGUACCGCGAGGGUGCCCCGGCGGGGCGGGAGUGCCUGGCGGGAUACAGGUACACGAUACGGCCGGCGCCCCUAGACGCGCAGCCGCUGGCGUUGCCGGCGGGCGAGGACGACGAGCUGGUGCCCGCGGCAUCGGCAGCGCUGCCGCUGGCGGCGGGCGGCGGCGCGGUGGUGCUCACAAACGUGCUGGCCGACCGCGGCCGCGUGCGCGAGGCCAACCGCCGCGUGCCGGAGCUGCCCGCGGAGGUCAUGGCCAUGCGCGCGCGCGACUUCAGCCUGCCUGUGGACGACAUCCGCGAGCAGGUGGAGGAGGCGGAGCGCGAGGGCCUCUUCAACGUGGUGCCCACCGGCACUGGCACCUCUGGCAGCGCCGCCGCCGUGGCGGCGCUUGCCGCCUCCGUGGGCGGCAGCAAGAAGAAGGGCAAGCCCCUGCCAGUGGCGCUGCCGCCUGGGGCCACCACCAAGCGCAGCUCGGGGUCCAAGUCGGUGGUGAUCGUGCGGCAGCCCACGCCCGGUGUGGGCGCGGCAGCGCCGGGCGGGAAGAGCAAGAAGGGCGCCACAGCGGCGGGCGGUGGUGGCCGGAAGGGCGCCGCCGCCGCCGGCGCAGCGGCGCCCAAGGCGGACAAGAAGGGUGGGACCAAGUCGAAGAAGGCGGCGGCCGCGGCCACGCCGCCGCCGGCUGCGGAGGAGGAUGCCGACGACGACGCGGGUGUGCCGGCGGAGGGGCUUGAUGAGCCUCUAUACCUGGAGGAUGACUGGGAGGAUGAGGGCAAUGAGGAGGGACUGGACGACCCAGAUGACUCCGACUAUGGCUUCUGAGUCGUCGGGCGUGGUCGGCACUAAGCGGCCAAUGAGUGGCCUGUCGCGCCUGCGAUUGCGCUAUGGCGUUGCGGCUCGGUGGUGCGGGUUAGGGAUGGCGCAUGAGGCGGGGCGGCCGGGUUUGUUUUCGUGGGUUAUGUUUGGGGUUCUAGAGCAGGUUGUGGAACUGCUUACUGCUCGCAGACGGCAACUUAAAGUUGAGGUCGGCACAAGGUGUCGGCAGUGUCAGGUGCUGCGGCCAGGAUACGCAAGAGAAGAGCGCGGCGUGGGUGCAGAAAAUGAUGGCGUGGCACUUUCACAGAUUUGUCCUAGUGCGAGGAGGCUCAGACAGAAGUUUACUCGGUCGGGUCGUUUAUGCGUGCCGUUGGUGUGCAGCAGUGACUCGGGGCUUGCUGGCCUCGACAAAGCAGCGUCGAGCCUCAUAGCCUCGCAGGUAGGAAACAUAGUUUUGUUUUGGAGUGAAGCGCGUGUUGUGGAGUGAAAGCGCGUGUGGCUGCUUGUGUGAGCCGGGAGGUGCUGUGACGAGCCCGGGAUAGGGGUUAAGCAGCCACGGGGGUAGGCGGGAGCACGGGCGGGAGCUGUGAAUGUCAGCCGGGCACACACAAAUGCUGCUUCGCGUUGUAAUUCCAGUCAAUA